GACCACUCUGGCUCGGGUCUUUGGCCUAAAUGCUCCCCCUCUAUACACCCACAAGCACGUCGCCCCAAUGGGGACCCUCACCCACGCACAGCCCAGCUCCACACCCAGGUCGGUCUCCGCCCCCGACGCCUGCGCAGUGCGGCCGCGGGGCGGUCGUUGUCGGGGAGCCCCGGAGCUGGCCCCCGGCGCCAUGGCGGAGGAGGUCAGCAGCCUGAUGAAGUCCACCGUCCUGAUGCGGCAGCCCAGGCGGGUGCAGGAGAUCGUGGACGCUCUCCGCCGCGGAGGGGCUGGCAGCUUGCAGGUUAUUUCUGAUUUCGACAUGACCCUGAGCAGGUUUGCCCACAACGGGAAGCGGUGUCCUUCUUCCUACAAUAUUCUGGAUAACAGCAAGAUCAUCAGUGAGGAGUGUCGGAAAGAGCUUCAAGAUCUUCUUCACCACUAUUACCCUAUUGAGAUUGACCCACAUCGGACUGUUAAAGAGAAGUCACCUCACAUGGUGGAAUGGUGGACCAAAGCACAUGAUCUCCUCUGUCAGCAGAAGAUCCAGAAGUUUCAGAUCGCUCAGGUGGUCCGUGAGUCCAAUGCCAUGCUCAGGGAGGGGUACAGGACUUUCUUCAACACCCUGCACCAAAACAACAUCCCCCUGUUCAUCUUCUCUGCUGGCAUUGGUGACAUCCUGGAAGAAAUCAUCCGGCAGAUGCAAGUGUUCCAUUCCAACAUUCACAUCGUGUCCAACUACAUGGAUUUUGAUGACAACGGUUUUCUCCGGGGAUUCAAGGGUCAACUCAUCCACACAUACAACAAGAACAGCUCCGUGUGUGAGAACUCGGAAUACUUCAAGCAGUUGCAGGGCAAAACCAACAUCCUCCUGCUGGGAGACUCCAUGGGCGACCUGACGAUGGCCGACGGUAUGACUGGUGUGGAGAAUAUCCUCCGGGUUGGCUUCCUGAAUGACAAGGUGGCUGAGCGGCGGGACCGUUACCUGGAUGCCUAUGACAUUGUGCUGGAGCAGGAUGAGACACUGGACGUGGUCAACGGACUGCUGCAGCACAUCCUGGGUCAGAAGGACUCGGUGGAGGUGUAGACUCCAGAGUGCCAAAGUGUGGAUAGUGGGACCACCCGCACCACUCACUGGGUGCCUGCCUGCAUUAGGUGUGGCAUUACCCUGUGCAUCGAGCUGACUCUAAGAGGACUUACAGACACGCCCUCCCUCCUGCCCCUGCUGAGUGGUGGCAUCUGUGUCCCCUGAGGCUGGACGGGAUCUCUGGGAGUGACUAUUGCCCUAUAGUGCUGGCACUUCAGGGCGAGUCCUCUUUAGAAAGGCUUUAUUUGCAGUUUCUGUGAAAAAAGCGAAAAUAAAAUGAAAUAGGUGUUUUU